AUGCAUGGAAUGUUCUCAUACAUUUUCACUGACCUUAUCGAACACAAGUCGGCGAAAGAGCACGAGACCGGUAAUCAGCCUCGUGUAGCAGGCACAGCUAUCAAUGGAGUUAAAACAAUCGUCGAUGUCAAACUCAACCUGGAGGAGACCAAAGAACUUGUGACGGUUGUGGACAAAUAUUCCCCUCUUGCAGCCAUUUUCAACUCAGGAAAGCUCAAGAGUCAAUUGAAUCGGAGACAGCUCAAGAAACUUUCUAGCUGUCUUCCAUUAAUUUUCGCACUUUUCCAUAUAGAGCGCCCCGUUGAUCCAGAGGUUUGCAUUGAUAUUGAGCUCUUAAAAAAGCACGCCACAAUAGCCUGUGAAACCCUAGAUCUUUCUCCUGAUAUCAUCACAGACGAGUAUUUAGCCUUGUUCUCGAGAAACGCUUAUGCUGAAUUCGCUCCCACUGCAGCUAUUAUUGGUGGUAUUCUUGCUCAAGACGUUAUUCAAUACUUGGGCGGAAAAGAUAGUCCUAUAAAUAAUUGUGUGGUUUUCGAUGCCCAUCGUUCCGAAAUCCCAAUUUAUUAUUUGUAA